AUGUUCAGCCGGCUGGUUAUUAUCACCGUGUUGGUGGGUUUCAUCGACGGCUCCAUCAUGAGUCGAGAAGGCGACCGUCGAAGGCCUGUAGCCGCAAGUAUCGGACAGAAACCAAAUCCAGGUAUGUCAAUUUCUCAUCAUAUUUUGCAAAAUUUCGAUGUUUAAUGUAAUAUAAUAAUAUUUUAUUUCAUAUUUUACAUAUAAUUUAAUAGUGUAAAGUCUUGUUUACUUGUCGAUAAUAUAAAAUACGGUUGUUUUUGUAUACAAAACCAUAAUUUGGGAAAAACCAAAUUAUAUUCUGUACUAUUCGAAUUCUUGGAGCCAAACUUCAUUGAAUCGACACGGAAUGAAUCACGAUUCAGACGAGAACAUGUCUUUCAAUGUAUAAAAACAAAUGUAAUCUCCGGCUGAGUUCCGCGUUCAAUAGUUAAAAGUUACAGCCAAUCGAAUCUCGAUUUCCUGUAGCACUACACGGAACACUUUUUGUGAGGAACAUGGCUAACAUAACAUAGUUUAUGUUGCUAAAUAGACCGAAGUUAAUCUUUUUAAAGAACAUUGUCACAAAUGUAACCAUUUGAACACAGAAGAACGCUAAAAAUAUAUUAAACAAGCUAUAUUAACCAUAGUUAACACCCUAUCAUUUCAGAACAACUGGCCUUCUUCUCUCACACAGUAUGUGCCCAGAAGUGUAUGUUAAACUGUCAGCCAAUCAUGGCCGAGAACCAAAACACCUUCUACUUGUGCCCUAAGAUCAAACCCCCCGAGGUGUCGUUGUCCGACCGUUUCAUGGCCAAAGCUUCGUGGCCUUGGAUUCUGUUUCUGGGACUGAUCGGAACGAUGAUCUUACUGUGCAUGUUAUGUUCUUGUUACUCAUGUUGUUGUAAAGGGAAACAUCACUCGGAACACAGUUCGCGAGAGCCGUUGGCCGACAAUCGAACGUAAGUGAAAGGCUGUGAAUCGUACGUUAUCAUUAGAAUAUUAAGAUGAUACGACUAAUGGCAUAGUCAAGAUUAUACUUUCUCUUUUGUAAAUUGAUAUCAAUAUAUAAUAGUUUUUUAAGCCUUGAGCUAAUAAAUGGUCAUUUCAGAAACCUAAGAGACGAGAUCGUGGCCGAGAACGUUAUCCAAGGCUUUCCGUACUCACAUCGUGGCCAACGGAUCUCCGGCUCCAAAUACGUGGUGGACGUGUAG